AUGUCCUUCUCCCACCCACGUCGAAGGACUCCGGUGACUCGCCCGGGCAGCGACACCGAGAAUGCCUUGUCCCUUAAGACCAACUCGACCCUCCGUAAGGGUGCAACCUUUCACUCUCCUACUUCUCCUGUCUCUUCAGCUUCGGACCUCACCUUUGUCCCUCCUCGCCUGUCUCGAUCCCAAUCUCACUUGGAUGAUGUCGUCGAUGCCAACCGACGUCGCAUCGCCUUGACCUUGAACGACAUCGACGAGGCUCUGGCCAAGACCGAAGAGCUCUCUCUGUCGCCCAGGUCCCCCAAGAGCAAGCCCAAGUCUCUUCGGGACACCAGCUUGCCCAUCCCUCGCGGCUUCCUCGAGGGGCCCAUCGUCGACCCAGCCAUGGCUAAGGAAGCUGAGAGGCGCGUAUUGCGUCCUCGUUCUGUCCGACACUCACGGCACCAUGCUUCCGACAGCGGCCUUGGGACUUCGGUGGCUUCCACAAACGAGAAGCAUGCUGCAGUCACUCCAUCAAAGGAGACAAAGACGCGCUCCGCCAUCACAAGAUCUGCAGCUGCCUCCACAACAGAGAAGCUUCCAACCCUCGGCUCAAAGGCCAUCAACCGCAUUCACGAGCACACAUUGCGCCCACUGUUGGCCAAGCCAACUCUCAAGGACUUUGAGCCCAUAGUCCUUGACAUUCCACGAAGAAUUCGAUCAAAGGAAAUCAUUUGCCUGCGAGAUCUUGAAAAGACCUUGAUCUUUAUGGCACCGGAGAGGACCAAGUCCGCCGCCUUGUACCUCGAUUUCUGCCUUACCUCCGUCCGAUGCAUUCAAGCGACCGUCGAAUAUCUCAGCGACCGCGAACAAAUUCGACCUGCUGAUCGGCCUUACACUAACGGAUAUUUCAUCGACCUGAAGGACCAGAUUCUUGAAUACGGAAAGCAGCUCGCCGCCAAGAACAACGGCGACGACAUGGAUGUCGACGCAUCUGAUGAGAUCAAGCUCAUCGGUGGUAUUGCUGAGAACGGACGUCCCGCCGAGCUCGUCCGCGUCCGAAAGGACGGCACCUACAUUUCCCUGGAGACCGGCAAGCCCGUCGACGUCGACGAGGCUCCCAUGAAGAUGAAGCGCUCCCUGAGCCAGCAGCUGGAGGACGAGGAGGAGAUCCAGCGAUCCAUGGCUCGCCGCAAGAAGAACGCCUCCCCCGAGGAGUUGGCUCCCAAGAGGUGCCGCGAGCCUGGAUGCAACAAGGAGUUCAAGCGCCCCUGCGACCUGACCAAGCACGAGAAGACACACUCUCGACCCUGGAAGUGCCCCGUCCCGACUUGCAAGUACCACACCUACGGAUGGCCUACUGAGAAGGAGAUGGAUCGCCACCACAACGACAAGCACUCGGAUGCUCCCGCCAUGUACGAGUGCCUCUUCAAGCCUUGCCCGUACAAGUCCAAGCGCGAGUCCAACUGCAAACAACACAUGGAGAAGGCCCACGGCUGGCACUACGUGCGAACCAAGACCAACGGCAAGGUGCCGCGUAACAAGCCCGCCAGCUCCACCCAGCAAACUCCUCCUCUCGUGAACGUUUCGACUCCUUCCACCACGCCCACCUACAGCGGCGUUCCCACUCCUCCUCAGCACGACGUUACCCAGUUCGUUGGCGCUGACUUCCCUCUCUACCCCAACGAGUCGGACUGGAUGUCGAUCAACAACAUUCCUGCCGAGUCCCUUGAUCUGGACUUGACUCUCGACAGCACUUCUCCCGCCUCAGCCAGCCCGUACGAGCAGUAUGCUCCUUACCAGAACGGCUCGGCCUUUAUCCUCGACAACGAGGACCUGUACGCUGCCCACAUGCAGCUGCCAACUCAGCUCCCCACGCAGGACCAGAUGGCCUUCUACAAUCCCAACCCUAAGAUGAUGGCUCAGCAGCUGCCCAUCUACCAGGCGCCUCAGCCUGUCGCUGUUCCAACUGGCGCCCCACACUUCUCGCCAACUGGCCAAGAGACGGCUAUGCUCUUCACCCCUAAUUCACUACGAGACGUUGAUGAAGGAUUCGAUGAUUCCUUCGGUGGAGAGGGGAUGGACUUCCCACUCUUCCCUAGCGGAAACGGCAUGACAAACAAGGCAAAUGAGUACCAGCAGCCACUCUUUGGCGAAAUCCCAAGCGCCAACCUUGGCUUCUCCCAGACCUCGCAGCAGGACCUCUUCCAGAUGGACCUGUCCAGCAUGGACUUCCAGCAGAACUUCACGGACUAG